UCCAGUCUCUAUACAGAAAGUCUGCUGAACAAAUUAGAACAUCUCUAACAAAAACUAUGGCCUUUCACAUCACUCAAGCAAAGGCCAUUCUGGUAUGGACCCAACUGUAAUAUAACAGAAUUAUGUUCAUGAGAGUUCAGUUCUUGGAAAAUCAGAUCUUCACUGAUGCACUGCAAAUGUGUUUGAACCCUUCCUGUUUCACAGGGUAAUAGCCACGUAAUUAGGCUAAGCCUUUCACACUUUCUCUUUUAAUUCAUUAGAUUUAUUUACCAAAAAUCAUUGCAUAGAUAUGCCCAGUAAAUAUCUUAGAGAUCUGUGUGAAACUAGCUAAAAGCUUAAAUAUGGAGCUUCUCUCUUCACUGCAUUCAGGCUUCCAUUAAAACUGUAAGUUCCUCAGACAUCAUGGCCUGCAGCCCCCCAUAAAUCCUCUGCUUGACACCCUGAAUGCACCAUGGAGGCUCUAAUACACAUUACCCAAAAAGAGCUACUAUAAAAUUCCUGACCUUUUCUUGUUUGUGUGACAAAGGGAGAAUGCCAACUCCACCAGUCGGACCAGAUAAUCACUCUCCUGUGAAAAGCCUACAAUCCACAUCCUCUGUUUUCUUCUUCACUGAACUUCCACCGCAUUUGCUCAAUCAUUUUUUUAUGUGUGAAGUCCAUAAAUCACCAUCCAAUACACAUAAGACAAGGAAGAGAUUUCAUCCUGGUAGUUCAGAUAUCAGCCACAGGAGAUGUCACAUCUUGUAUCCAGAAGUGCCGGGUGCUGUGGUGUUCUCAGGCAUUAUCAUCUCUUAAUGCAGGUUUAUUUCAGCAGCCCUCACUAUACAGCAGGACCAAUCGCUUGAGUAAAGAUAAAAUGGACAGACAAAGGUCUACAGGACAUUUUCUGCAAAAGGCUCAACAGGCAGAACAGGCAGUAUCAGAGAUGCUCAGUCAGGCUCUUUCAGAACCUUUGCCCUCCUCCUUGCCCAGGAAGUCUGCCUCAGCUCAUACUGCCUUCAGUGGGAGAUGAAUUGCACCCAAGGCUUUUGUAAGAGCUCAGUACUUUGGGUCCUGCAGCCACAGGACACAGGGCAUUCAGCCCAUACGCUGGGUGAAAAUGGACUGCUUCUUCCUCAUUUACAGAGACAGAAGUAGUUCAAAGAUCUGUUGUUGAUAAUGAAAGUAUUUUGUACUUAUGCUCCAGACAUCCCAUGCUUCUUCCUGCUGGAGAAGGAUGAGAAUCUGCCCCAAAUGCUGAGUUCCUCAAGAAUGUCACUGCUCAAGUUUUAUUUUUUCAAUUAUCUUCUCCUUUUCUCAGUUUUAAAAACAUGCCAGCAAAGGCCAAGGAAGUCAAGGAUGUGAGCUCCAGGUUUUAAGAUUACUUCAAGGCAAACAGCAGCCUCCUGCACCCAGCCUCCCUUCACCUUUACUCUUCAGAACACCAACAAUUAUUAUUGGGGUUGUGGAGAAGCAGAGUGGUUUCUUGUGUUCGCUGAGAGAUUAUCUGCCUGAAAAUAAAGCCAUCUGCUCUUAAGCACAGGCAUUAUUCAGCCCACAUCUAAAAUGCCAGGAUUGUGCCUCUUCUGCUUACCUCCCAGUGAUCUAUAGGCAAUGUAAAAGGCCAUAACCCAUCCAACCACCUUGAUUCAAUGCUAUGAUCAUCUAUUCAGAGAUCAUAAUGGAAUCUGCCCUCCCCCUUCUCCCCCCCCGAUAUUUUAAAUUAUUUUGUAAUGCCCACCAUAAAGGCAGAUGUUCUGCUGGAACUUUAUUCUCCUGAUAGAUACUGGCCACUUCAGGCAGCAGCUCCAUCGAUGUGUGAUGCUGCUCACUCAGGGGAUUUUUAGGCAGAAGUUUACAGGGAGUUAAAAGAGCAGGGAAAUGUCUUCCCGGUACAGGAAUCUGGGAGCUCCCCUAAGCCCCCAAUGCCUGGUGGUGUGCGGAGGUGUUAAACUGGCAUGUGUCUAUCGAGGCGGGGGUGAGCCUUUUAAGUCCCCUGCUUCUUCCCCACUUGUGGAAUUUGUUGUGCCAGUGGGAUGAGGCUGGCUAUAAAACCUCUGUCCCACUCCACAGCCAGCGAGUGCAUCGCAGCCCCGCUGACAUCCCUGUUCCUCCCUGCGAGCCACCAACAGGGCAGGAUGGAGGCAAGCUUCACCCGGAUGCUCUAUGUGCUCUCUCUGGUUGCCAUGGCCUAUGCCUUCACCCAGGAAGGGUUCAAGGAAGUGAUGCUGAAGCAGUUGGGGCUCUCUGAAGUCCCUAAGCUUCAUAAGAGAGACCUGGUGGACCUGGUCAUCCCUGAGCAUGUGAAGAACAAGUACAUCUCCAUGCUGAAGCGGCACAGGGGGAAGCGUCGUGCUGCUCCCAGCUUGGCCAGCAUCCUGCAGGGGAUCCCCGGAAAUGCAGAAGUCUUCUACUCUGAUCCCAUGCGCCAGAACUUCAUCUUUGACAUGGAGGGAAGGAUACCAAAAAACAGUGAAGUGACAAUGGCUGAACUGAAGCUUUUCAAGAAGCCCUUGGAUAGAGUGAACCUGCCAGCCAGGCAGCCCCAUCGGCCCGUCUCCAAUGCCAGGGUCAGCAUCUACUGGGUGCAGAGACAGCAUGAUGGCACAAACAGGACCUCACUGAUUGACUCCCGGCUGGUUCCCAUAAAAGAGUCUGGCUGGAAGAACUUUGAUGUGACGCAGGCUGUGCACUACUGGCUGCGGAACAAGAGGCAGGAGCCAAUGGUCCUGCAGGUGUGGAUCGAAGGGGAAAUGGUGGGCAGCUACGCUGCAGAGGUUGCCAAAGCCGUGAGCUUCACCUCACAGGAUGCUGGGGACAGAGCUGUGGGAAGACCCGAGCUGGUGCUCUACACCCUUGACUUGGAGGACUAUGGGGGCCCUGGGGACUGCAAGGAUGGAGCGCAGGCAGGAAAGUCCACCUGCUGCCGGCAGAAGCACUACAUCAACUUCCGUGAGCUCUCCUGGACGCAAUACUGGGUCAUUGAGCCGGCAGGAUACCAGGCUUACAGCUGCCGGGGGGGCUGCCUGCAGCUUCCCGGCCCACUGCAGCGCUGGGGAGGCAGGGAGCGUGCCUGUGCUGUGGCUGAAAGCUCCCCACUCCCUAUCAUGUACCUGGUCCAGAGGGGCAACCACACUGAGAUUGAGGCAACUGAGUUUCCCAAUAUGAUCACUGAGAAGUGCAGCUGCAUGGCAGAUGGUGCAGCACUUCUGUGAGGGACUGACUUAGGGGAGGAACGGUGCUGGUGGGUCUGGAGGAGGUGCACCUCCCUAGGUUUGGUGUGGCUGCCUCUGAGUAAUUUCAGUCCCCACUGCAGGGCACUGCAUGCAGCUGCAGGUGAAAGGCAAGGACAGUGAUCACAGUCAGGUGCAGAAGUCAAGCCUGGGUUUGGAUUUUAGUUCCUCUGUUCCCUGUGCUUUGUACAUUUUGGUCCUUGUCUGCCCCAAAUUGUGUUUACUAUGGAUAGCAGAGCAAAAGCACUUACAUGUAUAUGUUGUAUACACACACAGAUGCACAUGUAUAACAAAUACAUGUACAUAUAUAUGUAUGUAUUGUAUACAUGCAUAUUGUAUAUAUACACAUUUUCUACAUACAUACAUAUAUGUACAUAGAAUUUUGCCUAGAGCUAAAAUGAAUGUAUAUAUGUAAGUAUGCAUUGUAUGCAUAUAUCUGUAGAUACACAUGUACAUACAAUAUUGUCCAGAACUCAAAGGACAGUAUUGUUGGUCCCUGUACCAAGGAUUUGGCAGUUUUAAGCAGAAUUUAGAGUCCUGAAGCCAGUGGACAUAUUGGGACUUGGGUUUGCUUGCACAAACAAGUGUUUAUAGAUUUUUUCUCAUUUUUCUGAUUGUGUAUUACAGUUUUUUCAACUAUUUUUCUAGUCUUAAUUGCUUUCAAAAUUAAGUAAACAAUAAAAUAUGAUUAUUUAAAUAGCCAUGUUUGCUUAUAAUUAUUCCUAGGUAUAAAAGUGGAAGAAAAAAAUCUGUAACAUUUCUGACUGUACCCCAGUUCUCAGCUUCUUCAUGCACACACCCAACAACAGUCCUCAGCUGUGCAUGUGUCUCUGCCUGCUCAUGAUAAAGAUCAUUUGCUUAUGCAGGCAGGGACAGGGCUGAAUCAGGGAGGAGCAUGCACCACUGGUGCUUCUCCUCAUGCAAUGUCAGGUGUAAUCUCCUUUUGAACAACACAGAAUCAUAGAAAAUGCUCCUUGAACUCUGACACUGGGGCCGUGUCCACCGUCCUCUGGUGCAGACCCUUUCCCUAGCCCCCAGCUGCGGCUCCCCUGACACAGCUCCAUGCCAUCUCCUCACAUACCUUUGCCCUUCAGACCCUUCUCCAUCCUUGCAGCUCUCCUUCGGACACUCUCUAAUUGAUUUAUGUCCUUCCAUCCUCAAACAAGUACUGGGUUGCUGACUGGAGUGUCACUGAUGGUAACUGACUCCUACACUAGAGUAGGCUGCACGUGGAGCGUAGCCUAUGGGCCAGACAUAGACAAACCUUUCCCCAAGUGCCUUGGAGAUACUCAAAAGCUGUCUGGACGUAGUUCUGGACAACCUGCUCUAGGUAUCCCUGCUUGAGCAGCAGGGUUAUGCAAGGUGACCUCCAGAGAUGGCUUCUUACCUCAACCACUCUGUAAUGAUGUGAAGAGGAGGACUGGAUGGGCCCAGCUGUGACUUCAGCUUAUCUAUCAGGAAGUAAGGUGUCCCUGCCACCCUGCAGGAGGCCAGCUCUGAGGUCACCAGCCAUACCUGUCUUCACCUCAGCCUGUGGAUGGGCUGGUACCUCCCACCUGUGUAAAUGCUGAUGACAAAAAAAGAAAAAAGCUUUAAGGGGA